AGUCUCUAUCUCCUCUGAGACCUCUAGAACCGUAGGAAUACACUGCGAGAGCUCGAGCGACGAUAAUGCAAGCUGCAGUGGCAGCCAUGGCCGCCCACGCCGUCCUCGCCUACCCCACGUUCUCCCACGCUCUCCUCUCUCCUCUGCCCAACCUCGGCAGCCCCCCGCCCCUCGUCUCCGCCUUCCGCGGCGUCUCUCUCAGGCCGACUCCCACUCCUCUCGCCCUCUCCGCCGUCGCCCCCAAGCCCCUCGCCGUCGUCGCCGCCGCCACCAAGAAGGCCGUCGCCGUGUUGAAGGGCACUUCCAGCGUGGAGGGCGUCGUCACUCUCGCUCAAGAAGACGAUGGCCCCACGACAGUCAAUGUUCGUGUUACUGGGCUAACUCCUGGACCUCAUGGGUUCCACUUACAUGAGUAUGGGGACACGACCAAUGGAUGCAUCUCAACAGGAGCACAUUUCAACCCAAACAACAUGACACAUGGGGCUCCUGAAGAUAAAGUGCGUCAUGCGGGUGACCUGGGAAACAUAGUUGCCAAUGCCGAUGGUGUAGCAGAAGCAACGAUUGUUGAUACACAGAUACCACUGAGUGGUCCAAAUGCAGUAGUUGGAAGAGCUUUUGUCGUUCAUGAACUUGAGGACGACCUUGGAAAGGGUGGCCAUGAGCUGAGUCUAAGCACUGGCAAUGCAGGCGGGAGAUUGGCAUGUGGUGUGGUGGGUUUGACUCUACUGUAAUUCUUCGCUUGCAGCGUUACUGCUGUCCUCUGUGGGUUACCUCCUUUCAUAGAGUGAUAUGUCAUUCCUUGUUCGGCACAACAUGGCAUUGUGCAGACGACCCUAUCGUAUGGUUUUCGGCCUUGAUUGGCCGUGUAUGGCUACUACGUGAUUUCUAGCUGUUGAAGCUUCCUAUUAAUCAGGAAAUAAUGGAUCUAAGUCAUGUCAUAUCAGGUGAAUAAUAACAUUUGAUAUUGUUGUGUGA